AUGUCUCUCCUAAUCCAAAUUCUCAUUUAUUUUAGCAUGUUUAUUGUGAAACCAGCCAUUGCAAGUGAGCAAAACAAUUUAGAAACUUAUAUUAUUCACGUCGAAUCUCUCGAUAGCCAGCUUUUCAAUGAUCAAUCACAAGAUUUAGAAGGCUGGUAUAAUUCAUUCUUGCCAACAACUUUGACAAGCACAAAUGAAUUACCCCGGAUGGUUUAUUCUUACCACAAUGUUUUUGCGGGAUUUGCUGCUAAACUGACGUAUGAAGAAGUUAAAGAAAUGGAAAAGAAGAAGGGCUUCUUAUCUGCUCGUCCACAACAAGAAUUUUCUUUGCAUACAACACAUACUCCAAAUUUCCUUGGUUUGCAUGAAAACAUGGGACUUUGGAAAGAUUCGAGCUACGCCAUUGCAAGUGAGCAAAACAAUUUAGAAACUUAUAUUAUUCACGUCGAAUCUCUCGAUAGCCAGCUUUUCAAUGAUCAAUCACAAGAUUUAGAAGGCUGGUAUAAUUCAUUCUUGCCAACAACUUUGACAAGCUCAAAUGAAUUACCCCGGAUGGUUUAUUCUUACCACAAUGUUUUUGCGGGAUUUGCUGCUAAACUGACGUAUGAAGAAGUUAAAGAAAUGGAAAAGAAGAAGGGCUUCUUAUCUGCUCGUCCACAACAAGAAUUUUCUUUGCAUACAACACAUACUCCAAAUUUCCUUGGUUUGCAUGAAAACAUGGGACUUUGGAAAGAUUCGAGCUACGGUAAAGGUGUAGUUAUUGGUGUUUUAGACACUGGAAUUCUGCCUAGUCAUCCAUCGUUUAAUGACGAAGGAAUGCCUCCUCCACCUACUAAAUGGAAGGGAAAAUGUGAGUUCAACUUUACGGCGUGUAAUAACAAAAUCAUUGGAGCAAGAUACUUCCUGAAUGGUAACGGAACCCCAUUGGAUUCGGAUGGCCAUGGCACCCACACUGCAAGCACUGCUGCUGGAAACUUUGUGAAAGGUGCUAAUGUGUUCGGCAAUGCUAAUGGCACUGCAGUUGGCGUUGCCCCCCUAGCUCACUUGGCCAUUUACAAAGUAUGCACAACAGGCUGUUCCGAGAGUGACAUACUAGCAGCAAUGGAUUCAGCCAUUGAUGAUGGUGUUGAUGUGCUUUCUCUCUCGCUUGGAGGUUCGUCCAAGCCCUUUUACGAUGACAACAUUGCACUUGGUGCAUUUAGCGCAAUGGAAAAGGGAAUAUUUGUGAGUUGCUCUGCUGGAAAUAGGGGCCCAUUGAAUUUUUCAUUGUCAAACGAAGCCCCAUGGAUCCUCACGGUUGGUGCAAGUACUAUUGAUAGAAAAUUAAGAGCUAUUGCUGUACUAGGAAACAACGAGGAGCUGGAAGGUGAGACGGCAUUUCAGCCUAAAGAUUUUCCUCCAACGCAAUUGCCUAUUGCUUACCCUGGAUUGAACACCAGUGAUUUUAGCGCAGCAUAUUGCACUCCGAGGUCAUUGAAUAAUACGGAUGUCAAAGGAAAGAUAGUCCUUUGUGAAGUAGGUGGUGGGACAACAGGAAUUGCCAAAGGACAAGCAGUGAAGAAUGCUGGUGGCACAGCUAUGAUUCUUCUUAACAUAGAGAGCCAAGGCUUUAGUACAGCAGCUAACUCUCAUGUUCUUCCAGCUACAAAUGUUAAUUAUGAAGGCACGCAAAAGAUUCUGGCGUAUAUAAAUUCGACAUCCACUCCAACAGCAACAAUAGUGUUCAAAGGAACGGUAAUUGGUGAUAAAAAUGCUCCUAUGAUGGCUUCAUUUUCUUCCAGAGGUCCCAGUCGCGAGAGCCCUGGUAUCUUGAAACCCGACAUCAUAGGCCCUGGUGUUAACAUUCUUGCUGCAUGGCCUAUCUCUGUAGAAAAUAAUACCAAUACAAAAUCGACAUUCAACAUAAUUUCAGGUACCUCCAUGUCAUGCCCACACCUCAGUGGUAUUGCAGCAUUGCUCAAGAGCACACACCCCAAUUGGUCCCCUGCUGCUAUUAAGUCAGCAAUCAUGACUAGUGCUGAUAUUGUGAACCUCAACGAUACUCUCAUUGAAGACGAGAGGCUCGUUCCAGCUAACAUUUUUGCUAUCGGAGCUGGCCAUGUCAACCCUUCGAAGGCAAAUGAUCCCGGGCUAAUUUAUGACAUUGAACCUCGAGAUUACAUUCCUUAUCUAUGUGGUUUGAAUUACACAAACCGACAUAUAAGCAUAAUUUUACAGCGUAAGGUGAAUUGCUCAGUGGAAUCAAGCAUAUUGGAAGGACAACUGAACUAUCCAUCAUUUUCCAUCAUGUUCGGAUCAUCUAGUCAAACAUAUACGAGGACGAUGACUAACGUUGGUGAGGCUAAUGCAAUAUACACCGUCAAUAUUGUUCCACCUCAAGGCGUGAGUGUGACUGUCAAACCUCCUACUCUCAAUUUCUCAAAUUUGAACCAGAAGUUGACAUAUGAAGUUACAUUUAGAAGAUUAGACAAUGCUUCUAACACUACCAAUUCUCAAGGAUAUCUUUUAUGGAAGUCGUCUAAACAUUCCGUUAGGAGCCCUAUUGCCGUGUUUGAGACAAAUUUGUAG